CAAACUAAAGGAGACAAAACAGAAACAACUUUCUGUCAAGUACACAAUUCAAAACUUCCGGGAUACACGAGAGCAUGCGCAGUAGAGUACACGUGAGGCGCUGCCCAGCAGAUUUCCGGCCACACAUUCACCGAAUUCCCUCUGAUUUUUGUUUUUUUCAAUUUUAACUGUUUUGUUUACGAAAUAUUUCUGUACAUACAAUUAAUUUCAAAACGGUUUAUAAGUGAGUCGAUAUCCCUCUUUAAUCCGGCACACAUGAAAUCUAUGAUACAUGAUUUAGGCCACACAUUCACCGAAAUACAUUCAGAUUUUCAGAAGUGUAACUUAAAUGCGAAUAUUAAACGAACCGUCUUGAAAUUGGGCUUUUGCAUUUUUAAACAAGCACAGAAUUAAAUAGAAAACUGUCUUUUGGUUUAGUCAUGCGCCGAAUUGAAGAGGCGCUGGUAAUGACUUAGACAACGUACACAUUUAUAUAUUUUAUCGGGUGAAUGUUCUUCUUAACCUGAAUGCUGCUUUAAAUCAACAGAUUAUUGAAUGGAGUCUGGCACCGUCUCAAUAAAAAACGGGAAAAAUCGACGUCGUUUGUUUGUAUGAGAGUGAACAGGCGCGAGCACCGUGUGGAUCAGGUAGAAACGUCACAUCGCGCAGUAAAGACACAGUUUAAUCACUUUAUUCUGGAGGAAAUUUACAUUUUAAUGUGAUAAACGCGAGUGCGGCGCUUGUACGCAUGCGCACCGCACAACAACACGAUGACGUGUGUAAACAGCCGUUGAGACAUUUAAACCUUCAGCUGUCAGACGGACACGGAGCGACCACACCGCAGGUGGUUUCACUCUGUUGGACUCUGAGUUAUUAUGCAGCAUGACUCCACGAGGCCCUCCCCGGUGUUUCUCCUCUGUGAGAGGACACCGUCCCUGACGUCUAACGACGGCGACGCUCGUCCUCAGAACUUCGCUGAGACUCUGCCGACGGAGAUGAGCGUGAAGAUCUUCGGAGAGCUGGACACGGAGAGUCUGUGCAGCGCCUCGCGGACCUGCAAACUGUGGCAUCACAUCAUCGAGGAGAGCGAGCAGCUGUGGAGGAGGCAGUGCCUGCUGGUCCGGGCCGUCUGUCAGAGGGAGGUGGACAGUGACAGGAGGGAUGGACUGUCCUGGAAGGUGACGCUGGUGAGGAACUACACCCGCAGCUGUCUGAAGAGAGACUGGCUCCGAGGACGGUUCAGUGACGUCCGGUCGGCCGAGGAGCUGACCGGCAGGAGGAUGACGCCGCUGGACGCUGAGACCUGGGGAGAGAUCCUGCAGGCCGAGCUGGACCGAUGACGACGUUUAGGUUUUUAUUUAAAUCACAUCUGAUUUUGAACUCUAAUGUUUAUUUUAUAUUUUGUGUUUCAUAUAAAAAACACAAAUAAUUGUACAUAAUGUUUUUUACCUUUUAUAAAAAAAAUCAUGAUUAGGUGAAACUGAAACGUGAGUGUUUGAAUGAAUUGUAACUGUUGAUGUAAAUGUGACUAAGAUGCAAUAAACAUGUUUGUGAAGAUC